AUGCUUCUUCAACUUGCUCGAAACCGGACUCCUUCCGCGUUGGCUCUCCACGUCAAAACAAUGACGACCAAGUCCUCAUCAAAUUGGUCGUCCAAGAAGUUGACUGAAGGAUUGACGGAUACUACAAGAGUCGCCAAUUAUACAAAUGGUGGUCCUUUUGAAGCAAGAACAGUUCGAAGAAUCAUCCUUGGUUCAACCAAUUUCACGUAUCGUCUAUUUUUGAAGACCCCAUAUACUUUGGGACAGCAGCAAAUCAAGACAGCAAUCUUGAAAUAUGCCGCUCCACAAACCGCAAUGCAUCCUCAGGUCGAAUUUAAUCCUGAGAGGCAACUCUACGAAUCUCGUGCCAUGGCCAGAAUUCCAUGGAAGGACAUCUUUCCACAGCCAUACAAAGGUUUGACCUCGCUACCUCCCACAAUAGGAGUUCCACAUUUGUAUUGGGAAGAUCCAGCCAGACGGAUUAUCAUCAUGGAGGAUUGUAACCCACGCAACGAUUCAGAUGUGUGGGAAGAGAGAUCGCAUUCGGCCCGGAUAUUUCUCGAAGAGAUUCCCGAGUCGGAACACAAAUACAACACAGCGAACGUUAUCGGAUACCAACUCGGGGCUUUUCUAGCAAAUUUACAUAACUGGGGUCGUGACCCACGCAACACAACCUUGGUGCAGGGUUCCUUUGCUGGUAAUUCGUUUGCCAAGGCUCUAACUAUUCAGGAGGCCUUCUUGGAUUUUGAAAAGAGUAUUGAGCGCAUUGGACAUUCCGAACCAAAGGCAUGUGCACUAAAGCUAGAGAAUCAUAUACACGAGAUGCAGACUCAAGUAUCAGAAAAUUUAGAAACAAUGAUCAUGGGAGACUUUUGGCCGGGAAAUUUCAUUUUGGCAUUCAACGCCGAUGAUGACCUAGAACGUUUAAGCAUUAUAGACUGGGAGUUUUCCAUGAUGGCACCAGCCUUUGUCGACCUGGGGAACUUCAUUGGGGCAGUCUUUGUCAAUCAUUACUUUGAAAGCAAUGACGAUGUCUACAUUUUCCUUUUGGAAUCUUUCAAGGAGGCCUACACCCAAGGAGCAAAGCACAUGGACAUUCGGAUGAUCAUGAAAUAUGCAGGAGCUCAUGCUAUCCAAGCUCUCGCGAGAAGGGUAAACUCGCCUCGAAGUAGAGCAACGAAAGAGAAUGCGGCAUCAUUCUUGACUCGUCAGCUUCAAUAUAUAUCCGAUGAAAGCACAACCGAUACACUCGAAAUAGCGUUGAGAGAUAUGAGAUUGAGUCGCCUAUCGAUCCAUACAGAUAGAAAGCUUGCGUGA